AUGGCACCAUAUGCGUUUCCACUGGUGCGUUUUUGGGCUUUAAAAUACGGGCCAAACAAAACCGAGCAUGGCAUGGUUAAUUCAGGGGCAAGUUUCAGUCUUGCUUCGGUUAGAAAUUCCACUUGCUGCUCCAGGAAGUUUGCGUUGGGUUAUUUUUUCUGGUUUUGCACAACUGAAAGCUCAUUUCACCGAACUUGCUAGUUUGCUUCCAUGUGGCACCCAGCAGCGAAUUCUAAAUCGGCCAAAGGUUGCGUCACAUCCCCUGUGUUGGGACUCAUAGAAAACAAUUAUUCAUGUCAACACUGGUGGUAGGGCUGGAGUAAAUCCCCUUUUUUUCGAGAUUAGGGUACGUGUAUGCCCCUUUCCUCUUUUGUUGAAAUUGAGAGUUACAUAAAAAACCACGCUCGAUUCACUCUAUUCCAGGUUACACCCAUGCAACGCUCCCUGGCUACCUAUAGUUCCUUUCAACAUGUUGGUAUAGGCAAAUUCUCUUUUUCAUUGGCAAUUCCUAGGGUUUCAGAUUUACUUCGCUGGGAUUCAAUUCAAUUCUCUACACAGCUGGAUGUGCCACUGGCUUAAGCAUAGAAGCUAUUAUCGAAUGAUGUUUCGAUAAGCCUUCAAUCUGGGGCUAUGAAAUUUGUCAAGAUGGCGUCUCUAACUCGCUCACCUAUGUCCCAAAUUCUUUGAAGAACUAUGGCCAAUUGUUGAGCAGUUUUUGUCGUUCCUGCUUACAAAUUUCAGACUGAAAGGUAAAAUGUAAGAAACCAACAUGAACUUGAUUUCUUCCUGUGGUGUGCACUAUCGACAAAUCAAUUUUAAGCUGGAAUUGGCUUAGCUUCUUUGUCACUAUGGAACUCUUAGCUAGGGAAAUCGUGUCGUCGUAUCAAAUGUAACGUUCGGGGCAGACCAGGAGUAAAACGGAGUAUGUGUUCACGUACCGUAUUUAGUUUGGUUAAUUCAUGAUGAAAGUUAGUAGAAAAACUGACUUCAGUUAACAGAUAUAUUUUACUGGGCAUGCUGGGUUGGUAGCCUGCGACAGUAACAGAAUUUUUUCGGCUCUAGUUUCUAGUUUCACCCUCCAAAAAAAACGUUGGGUGAGACUAGAGGCUAAAGCCGAAAAAAGCAAAUGCUACUGUAAUUGGGUUGGAUGCAGGCGCAAAAUUGAUCUUUUGUAACUUCAAAUCCUUCUCUGAAUGAGAAUUACCUAAAACAGCAUCCAUUGCUCCAAGUUGCUGACGACGUUUUUCUUUCUAUACGUUUAGGUGUUUUGCCCUUCAAAGCAGAGGAAAUUAAUUUCAGAAAGAAGAUGCGUGACAAUGAAUUUGGUACUCCUGGGCAGCUUGGGAAGGGCCCUUUGCAGAGCUGCAGAAAUUCAGCACGUUCGGAACACAGGUACAAGAAUAUGUUGCAUCUUUGGGAGUUUCUCUUGGAACUUCUGGCUGAUGAGAGCUGCAGAUCUAUAAUAUGCUGGAGAAGGAGGGAAGAAGGAGAGUUUGAGCUUUUGAACCAACAGGAGGUGGCCAAAAGAUGGGGAAUAUUGAAACAGAGGGGUAGAAUGGACUACGGGAAGCUAAGUCGGGCCUUGAGAUUGUACUAUCGAGAUGGAAUAAUUACCAAGGUAUUAGCUUUAAACCAAAGCAUUUUGUUUAAGUAUCAAUGUAUUUUGCAAAGGACUAAUUGAGGACACUGUUUCUACGUCUCCCUCUGGAGAUGAAAACGCCAUUUUACGUGCACUGUAAUUUUCAGGGAGUUAUAAUAACUCCUCCAGUGGGGCUAAUUUAACUCCUUACAGUGGAGUUAUUUUUCGUGGAGUUAUUUUAACUUCAAAAAGGAGUUUAAAGAACUCUUUUUCCGGAGUAAAAGUGACCCCAGAUAUUGAGGAGUUAAAAUAACCCCAAAAAAGGAGUUAUCCAGUACCUAAAAUUUUUACUCCACUUUCAGAGUUAAAUUAACUCCAAAAAGAGUAAAAACAACCCAUCUAAGGAGUACAAGUAACCCCAUUUCGGAGUGAUUUUAACUCCAGACUGGGAGUAAAAAGAACUCUUUUUCAGGAGUAAAAAUGACCCCAAAUUCGGAGUUAAAUUAGGAGUUAAAAUAACCCCAAAAAAGGGGUUAUCCUGUACCUAAAAUUGUUACUCCAUUUUUGGAGUAAAAAUAACUCCCUAAAAAUUACGGUGUGGUCAUUCGAGCCAAGCGACGGUCUAGCCGUUCGCUGGGCAAAGGCAGUAACUUCAUUUUUCAGAUAUUCUUAAUUAAGACACUGACGACUGGUCCAGGCUCGGUAAUGAAUUACACCCACGACCUUUCGCUCUGCAGUCAAGCGCGCCACCAACUGAGCUUAUCCUGCUGCCGUAGCUUAAUAUUUUUUUUUACAACCUGAUUUCAAGUUGACGGACAACAGCUGUGCCUGGACCGGAAUCUUUUGAGAUCUUGAAUCAUGUGCCAAUUCACACACUUUAUCCAUGGAAGAAGGGCUCAUGGCUCCGUUCAGUUAGACCCUUUUAUGACAUUUCAACGACUUGAAUUUUAACAGCCAGAUAAGAGAUUUAGCCAGACUUUUGAGCAUGUCGAUGAUUUUCAUUAAAAGAAAUGAAAGCUACCGAGAAACUGUGAGGUUACAUAUAUUUCACAUAAAUAUCGAAUUUUGUGUCUCUACUUUAACAAAUCACAAGUGUUAUUAAAAGGGACUUGACAGUUUUUCCUCAUUUUCUAUUCUUUUGGGCGCAGGUGAAAGGCCAAAGGCUGGUCUACAAGUUUAACAACCUUCCUUACACUUAUAAACCAGGAAUCACAAGGUCGUUUUAUCGCGAUCGGUUUCCAACACCAAAAUCAAGUCUUGGUGAACAUGAACCACGGGAGUACAAGCCUUUGGUGCCUCAGAUGCGCAUAAGUUGUACAACUGCUACACAACCAUUUCCUUGUUUUAUGCCUUCUCAAGGAAGACUUUCGUCUUGGCCUGUACAUCCUAUCAAUUCACCACGAGUUUGUCGCUGCGGGCACAGGCUGGGAACUUCUUUCUCGUCAGCAAACUGCUCUUCAAGAAGUCGAGUUUUCUUUCCAUUUUUAUCAUUCUCAGUGUCACAUGGUUUUAACCUUCAUGAGCCUGCCCUUUCUCAUGAUACAAAUCCGCAGUUAGUAAGCAAGAAGAUUCCCGUUUCUAUGAUUGUGAGACCUGCCUGUUAGAUUAAGGAAUACAAAGAUUCAGCACCGGACAGCCUUCUUCGGCAGCUCCGGACCCUCGACUCUGUCGGGUUAGUCUGGUCUGCGAACAGUACCUCAUUUUUUCUCGGAAUCGUAGAGUGAGUCCUUCUACGAGGCUGCCUUAUUAUGUUCUUAGCCUUCACCUUAUAAUUCACUAUUCAACACAUUCUACGUUGGUGUGAGAUUUGUUCUUGGCGCUUUCAUGACAAUUUUGAAAUGAACAUUCUUUAUAAACAAUCGCUUUUUGCUUUAGACAGUUUUGUUUUCAGUAAGGCGUUACUAUAUAAAGCCAAAGUUUUUCAUUUACUCGGGAGUUAUUUAACAAUUAUUGCUUGAGCCCGAAUGGGCUAUUGACUCCGAGGCCAUGAAGGACAGAAGAAUAAUUGUUUUUAGUAAAAUCCAACUAGUUGGUCAAAAAUAUCGAGACAAGACAACUUAAGGCAGCAAAACGCGAUUCAGCCGCUGUUGUUUUGGUUUUCAAAGCGGACGUUUUUCGCUACUAAUGGGCUAUAACAUAUAGCCUAGUAGUAGCUCAACCAAUCAGAACGCAGCAUUGAUAAUAGACAACUAGUUGGAUUUUACAAAAAAUAAAUAAACCCUCACCGUGCUAUCGUAACUCAUGACCAGUGCGUUCACUCCCUCAGCCCCUGUCGUUAUUAGUGCGGGUUAGCAUUUUUCCCCAUGACAGAUACCACACCGAGAAUUUGCCGAUUGCACCCGAUUGAAGGCCAAAAGCUGAUUGUCGGUGAAGGCAUUUAAUGCCCCAAUAUCCACAUACAAAUUCUCCAAACUGAUCUCUAUGCAUUUCCUUCAAGAAUAAGUUGAGAGAAUUUGAUAAAUGAUCAAGGCAUUUUCCCUUAGGUGAUCAUUUUAUUAAUUCUCAUAACCUAAUCUCUUGACAUUGUAUGGAUAUCGUUAGGAGAAAACUGACAUUAGACACUAUUGGGACUUAAAGGGUUAAUGCGUGUGUAGCGUUUUUCAUUUUCCCUCAGUAGUGGCCAUUUUGUUGUUGUUGCGUCGAGCUACACAAUCAAAUGUUUUUAGGGGACACCCCAACCUGGUAAAAGGCAGUAAAGGAAACGACAGCAUCCUAAAACAGUCCCAUGGUGCACUUUGAUGCAUCACGGACCCAGUCUUUCGCCGUACGUUGAAAUAGCCAACAGGCCAUUUUUAAGUUGCUCUAAGCCUCUUUUUUAAACCGAGGCUUUACAGUUGAUAUGGAAAUGAUUUCUUGUUCUUAUGCAAGUAAAACCCACUUUCAUUUUUUAGCUUCGUUUUGAAAGUGAGAGUUUUGGAAGUGGGAAACGAUACAUUUUUAUAAUCGGUUUUAAGUUUAGAUUGACUUUUGAAUAUAAUUAGCUGUGCAAAGUAGAUGUAACAUGACAUUUUCUAUGAAAAUUUCUUAAUAAGGAUAUAUUGAUCUAUUGUAACAUAAGAUACAUCAUUUUUAAUCUUACUAAAAGAAAAGAAGACCCUUAAUUUAUUAUUAGAGUUUUAAAAAAUUCAUAAAUAUUUAGCAGACCGUUUAAUUAUACCACGGUUGUAAUCACGUACAUUUAGGACCAAGUAUCUUAAUAACUGGUAAAGUCAGGGUAAAAAAUUUGAAUUCAGCCUCAAUGAGAAAACGGGGCAACAUGAACAAUAGAAUGCAAUUAUGAUGAAUAUUUUAUACAAAAAAAAAAUUCCUAUGAUACUAAUAAACAUGAAACGGUC